GUCGGAGUGGUGAACCUAUGUGACGCAAAUGUACGAAUACGGUGUCAAUCAAUGCUGCAGGAUAAACGUGACGUCUUUCUGGGCCCAAAUCGUCAAUUUCGCUACAGAUUUGUGGACAUCGAUCGUGGUGAGGCAUGAGAAGAUAAAUAAGGCUAAAUCAACGUUGAAUCUAAUUAGAAUGCAAUCAAGCGUAGCCUAAAC